AUGAUGAUACCUGAAGCUACAUCCAGCAUUAAUGCAAGAGCUGCGAUCAAUAACACGCCCAUUUCCAGCGAAGGCGCUAGUGAUGAUUCAGAAGAGGAUGACUUUGAAUCUUCUGAUGAUGAAGAUGAUGAGUCUGUUAUCGAUCUGUUGCUGGGAAGUAUAGCUGGUACCAUAGAUAAGCUGUACCGCUUGUCCUUCAAAAUAAGGAACCCUGCCAUGCGGCUUGGGUUUUCCAGAUCCUUGAAGUACCAUGAGAUUGACCCCGAAACUGGGGUAGAUCUUAUAGACCAGCUGCGAGAUAACGAUCGACGCCACGUCGAACAAUUGAUUGCGCUAUAUCGUUCGACUUCCCCAGAGAAGGUUGAGAAUGACUUCCUGGUACAACGUCUAGCGAGAGCCAACACUCGACGGCGACAGCAAUUUAAGUACUGGCAAAAGAGGAAGUCUCAAUUCGAAACCAUGUCCAAAACAGAUGAAAAGCAACCUAAUAUCGCUGUUUUAAAACCUCCCUCCCGCCCUUCAACAGCAACCUUUCUUGAUGAAUCCAAGGUCAAUCUAGACGACAGCCUGUCGAUUUUAUCGAGCUCAACAAUUGCGAUUACCAAAGAUGAAGAAAAAGGCGAUUGUUUCUUCAUUCCACCUCCUCCACAAGAUCUUUGGAAGAAAGAUGAGUUUGAAUGCCCUUAUUGCUUUACUUUGUGCCCGCGCAGGUUGUUGAACCAAACAAACUGGCAGUAA